AUGUUGGGGGUACAGUGGACAGUGAUAAUAGAAAAGAUACACGUGAAUGGUAAAAGUGUGCAAUUAUCGCGUCAUAAGAGGCGUGAUAGGCAGAUAAGGCGUCCAAAAGCUGUUCUUGCAAAGAGUCGAAGCUUAAUUGAUUGGAUCCGACUUACCUCGUCUAAAAGUAGUAAAGUAAAGACCGAGGUAAUUGUUGAUCAUGAAGGUCUUGCUAAACACACAAACAUCAAUGAUUGUUGGAUACUACUUGGUGAAAAAGUGUAUGAUGUAACUGAAUAUUUGCUGUUUCAUCCUGGUGGUGCUGAUGAGUUACUCCGAGUUGCUGGCACGGAUGGUACAGAUCUCUUCAACACUAUCCAUUCUUGGGUUAACUAUGAUGCUAUGUUAAAGACUUGUUUUGUCGUACAUAAGCCCAAACUUGCAAUUUAUAAUGAUGAAACAGUAUUGAAUAUGGUUGGUUUUGAAAAGGCUGGAGUAAGGAUUGAGGAUAAUUUUGAUGAUCAAGUACGAUUGAGCUGCUCAGAAUGGGGUGAAUUGAAGGAUGAAAAUAUCUCUUUAGAAUUAAAAGAAAAUAAACUCAGGAUUUUACUGCACUUUUCCUCUGGUAAUAAUAAUGCUCUAAGCUGGGCAAAUAUUUCGAGUGUAUUGUUUAUUGAACCUUUUCUUAGAAAUAUUGAUGGCAGUACAAUAUCUUUGUCAUGUAUUAAAAAUGAUCACGACAAGUUCAAAGAAGAAUGGGCUUCAGGAAUAUUCCAUUAUAAGCCAAUCAGAGAAUACCGGAAUUGCAAGAUACACAGAAUAUCUCCAAUAACACAUAAUAUUUGUUUAAUAAUAUUGCAAAUGCCGCCUUUUUCUCGCUUAAUGGUACCAGUAGGUCACCACGUGAGAUUGCGAAUCAGUAGAAAUGGUGAGUUUUCUUCAUGUGGAAGUUUGAUUGAAAGGCCAUAUACGCCAGUUGCCUUAUCAAAAGAUGGCAGAUCUCUUUCAUUUUUGAUAAAAUUUUAUGAAAAUGGUAUUUUUACUUCUUUGCUGCGCAACAAGAAAUGCGGAGAUUUGAUAGAAGUCAGUGAUCCAUUGGGGUGUUUCAAUGCAUUUCCAGAUUCUACAAAUAUUGUAUUUGUAUUAGCUGCUGGUACAGGCUUAUCACCCAUGAUUCGAUUAGCAGCAGAAUGUUUAAAUAACAACAUCUCGAUAUCUCUACUUAUUUUUAAUAGAAAAUUGAUUGACAUAGUGCCGAAAGAUCAUUUUGGAGAAUGGGGAAUACGACCGGAACAUCCACUGUUAAACGUAGUAAACUGCCUCAGUGAGCCUGGACAAGAAUGGUGUGGUGAAAAAGGUUUUAUUUCGAAAGAUUUGCUUUCAAAAUAUAUAGAUGAAAGUACUGAUAGAUUCUCUUAUCGGAUAUAUAUUUGUGGGCCAGAUCUCUUUACUGAUUGUGCAGCCAAGUUAUUGGAUGAAUUACAAGUCCCAGAAAAUAAUAUUUAUAUUUUUCGAGCUUAA